GGUUAUCAUAGAUUUCGAAAAGUCCUAUAGGUGUGGUGCCACUGCCAACUAACCGAGAAACCUGUCAAAAGUUAUUUUUCUAUAUUUUAUUUAUAAAAAGUAGCUGAUAAGUCCCAACGAUGGUGAUUAAAGUGUACAUCAGUGGAAUUUCGGGAAAUAAAGAGGUGAAAAAAAGACAACAAAGAGUCCUCUUAAUAUUAGAUUCUAAAAAUGUUAAAUACGAAGUUAUAGAUAUGGCCGAGCCCGGGGCUGAAGAGGCCAAAGAUUUUAUGCAAAAUAAUUCUACUUCUUUCGGAGGUACAAUAGGAGAUCCUACGCCUAGACACCCUCUCCCACCUCAGAUCUUUAAUGACGAAGUAUAUUGUGGGGAUUAUGAUAUGUUCGAUAUGGCGAAUGAAUUAGAUGAAAUGGAAAAAUUUUUAAAAUUAGAACCGAAUUCGUUAAACGAACAAAUUUCUAGUGCUGAAAUUAAUCUGAAAAAUGGAGAUGCUUCUAUUGAUGAAAAAAUAGAUAACGUACUUGGAAAAACUGACGAAUCAAAGGAAAAUGAAGUGCCCAAUGAACAAAAAGAUGUAGAAGACAAUAAGGAAGACGGAUCUGGAGAUAGAGAGGAAAUAUUAGAAAAUGGUGGUUUGGGUGUCGAGGAAAAGGUAGAAGAAACCACUGAUAAAGAGGACACAUUAGAACAAGAUGGCACAGAAAAUAAAACAAUAGUAACUACAGAUAAAGAGGAUUUAAAAAAAGAAGAAGCGGUUGAGAGUGAAUCUAAAGAAAAUUCUGCAAUUAACGAGGACAUAGAAAAAGUAGAAGCAGUUGAGAGUGAAAUUAAAGACAACUCUGAUCAAAAAGAGGACCCGGUCGAUAAAGAUGACGUUGACAGUGGUGCUGGGGAUGAAGCCGAAGAAGACGAACUAGAAAAUGUAACUCCUCUCGAAAAGUCUGAUGAAUAAUUUUUAGAAUUAUAUCAAAAACGCACUGAUGACGUAAUUAUAAGAUACCGAAACACCAUAAUUAUUUAAAAAAAAAACGUUUGAAAAAAAUUCUGGUUCAUGCGAUAAAUUUAAUUAAAAUAUAUUCUGUAGCUUUGAUUAGAAAAAAAAAAUGAGCAUCUGCUAUCGUUGAUAAAACAAUCGGAAUUUUCUUUGAAAUUAAUUUUUGACAUGGGAUUAUGUUGAAAAAAAUAUACUCACUAGCAAAAUUAUUCAACAGUUUAAAUAAAUAAAAUAUAUAUAUAUAUAUAUAUAUAUAUAUAUAUAUAUAUAAAAUAAAUUAUUGUUACGCCACUGGUAAAAUUAAAGAUUCAACUGACAUCAUGUUUGCCUUGGACGAUAAGUUACUGGUCGUGUAGCUGUCGACAACGUAUGUAAAAGUUCCAUAAAAAAGAAGAUUUGUAAUCGUUAUUGUUGAAGUUGUUUUAGAGGGUUAUAUUGUGAAUAAUUGUUGAUUCAAUAUUAUAAUUUUGUGAAAGUUACUACUAGAGUUUGAUUAAAAGUUAUUUUGUAAUGAUAUUUUCUGCCCUUAAUGAUAAUUUCACUGGUGAGUAUACUAUUUAAAUAGCAAUUUCGAACCUGUAAUUGAUAAAAAACAAAAAGGGUUGUUCAAAUAAUACUGGGUGUUUCUUUGUUCAAUUAUUUGCCAAAUUUAUUCAUUAUCGCAUUAAAUCGUUAAUUAUUUAUUCCUCAUUACCUAUUUAUCACAUUUUAAUUGCUAUACUAUAAUUGUAACAUUAUCGCUGUUUCGUCAACCACGUUUUCGUUUUACUUAUUAAAAAAUGUAUAAGGAUCAAAUUAAACAAACUGUCCUUCACUAUAAACUCUUAAAUUUGAAAUAAUCGAAUUAUAUAUGCAAAAAGUGAGGUUACUUCAAUACGAGGGAAAUAUGAUAAGACGAUAACAGUAUAUAAUAAAUUAUACUCUGUAUUUAGGUGCAAUAAACUGCUUUGAUCAAAAACAAAAGUAACAUAUAUCAUAUGUUUAUUGUAUUUUGUAAAUAUUUAUUAUGAAUAACUUCAAAUAAACUUUCAUUUUGCA